AUGAAGAAUGGAAAAAUUAAUCAUUUUUUUAAGUGGAAAGUUUGUGAGAAUGCUUCUACAUCCGAACCUGCUAAAAUUUCAAGAAUCGAAAAAGUGAUAACUUUUAUGCCUCAACUAGUUGAAGUUCCACCAAUUGAAAAAGUGACAACUACUACCCCUCAACGAGUAGAAGUUCCAUCAAUUCAAAAAGUAACAAUGACUAUCCCUCAACGAGUUGAAGUUUCAUAUGAUAUUUUGAAUUCUUUAGAACGUGAUCCUGGAAAGCCAGUUUCUUGUGAAGUUACUUGGUUAGAAGUUUAUGCUUUAACCUUGUGA